AUGCAGUGUAUGAGGACAAACUACGAGGGUUGCAGCCUCAAUGGAAGGUAGGAUUUUUUUUUCAGAAAUAGAUUGCAAACGUGAAUUAAGGAUUGCAAAACUGACUCCUACAGGCUACAUACAGCUGUUCGCUGUAACUUUUUGUACUCUUCAAUAGAAUGGAUGAUCCAGAAGCUAUUUACAAGUUUCCUAAUCACUUUGGAAGUGAAUAUCAUGGCGGAAUAGUCGAUGGAAUGUAGGUUCUACAUAUAAACUAGCCAUUUUCUACAUUAAUUUUGAUAGCGCGUGUGCAUUUCUAGACUUCAGGCCCCGGUUGUUCGAAGAUCGGAUAACGCCCUGGAUAAAUCUAUCCGGUGGAUAAUGCUUUACGUUCUGCUAUCACUUAUCCGCUGGAUAGCGAUUUAUCCGUUGGAUGGUAUUAUCCACCCUUUAUAUAACUGGGCCCAGGUGUCCAAAACCAAUAUUUGACUGACCUUUACAACACUAUAUCUUGGCCGCCAUUUAUUUCAUUAACACUAUUACAAUAUCAUCAUCAUCAAAGCAAAACAAAUGUAUAUAUUAAUAAUAACAGAAGCAGCUGCUGUCAUGACAACAAAAAUGACACUUUGCUCUAUGAGGUGUGCGUCAAGCUUGAUCUUGAUGACUAGCCGCUGCUCGCGAAAGGAGCCUGCGUACCUCCCGAAGAGAGAAGGGCGGAUUCGAUUGCAAAAGAGCGGCGUAAAUCGAGCCAAGGCAUGAGUUAGUGGACUUAUAGUUAUUAUCUUAACUCGAUGAUAUUAUCCACAGGUUUCAUGGCGAAGGAAAAUUAAAGUUUCGUGAAGGAGUACAUUUUACUGGAAAAUUCGAAAAGGGCAGGGCAGUCGAGGUAAACAAAUUCCAUGUCGAUGAAUCAUUUUUUUACCUCUCGUCAAUUUCAGUAACUGAAAACGCGAAAAAAGUCCAUGUCAGUUUUCCAAAGUAAAAGUUGGAGUUCUUUGACGUGAUUGGGUAAUUUGUGAAAUCUAGCGCGUCGCGCGUGAAAAAAAGAUUUUCUACAUUUUGACAGGUUCUCGUUUGACCUUACUUUACCUUUUUUCUACACAGGGUUUCUUCGAGUUUCAGGAUGAUAUGCGAUUUGAAAUCGAAAAUUGGGCUUACUGCGACGGUGACAAUAACAGAGUUUUCAAGUCCGAGCUGGAGAAUGGAUUGAAACCAGCAGGUAUGGUGUUAAGGUUAUGUCACCAGUGACAUCUGUCUGACGUCAUAGUAAUAUAUUUCUCCAACCCCACUUCCUCAACCUUUCUGUUCCGUGAUACUCCUCUUUCUCACUUGCCAUGAUAGGAAGGAUGUAUUCAGUUUGCGAGCUCCUUUUUCUUCGUUGAAGUCCGCAUUGCCAUAGUUGUAGUUAAUAUUGUUGUAAUAAUGGAUUUAAAAAAAUACAGGCGUAGUCGUCCAAUUAAAAUUGUGAUUGGCUCAUUUCUUACGCUUCCAGGUCGUUCCCAGCUUACCAAUAUGGAUCCGCCCCAAACCAUACCUAAAGGAAUGUAUGACUGUGGAGACGGAUUUUAUGACCCUGUGGUACGCACGGUGAUAAACUACGACUCUAUUUUCUUACGCAACACGGGUAGGUUGUGCAAUUGCCUUAAUCAAUCAAUCACUUCACCUGAUGGACAUGGCAUUUUAUUUAAACCUUUGAACAAAUGCACCCUGUACUUCAUGCUUUUUAACACGCAUGCACCAUUUUGUUUAAUUCACAGAUGAAAAAGAGCAUCAAUGGAUUGUAAAUCGGUGCAGGAAGGCCUGGGACGAGCCAGUCGGCACUAGAAAGCUCCACUAG